AUGGAAGGGUCACAUAAUAAUGGUUUCCUUCCAAUUACGAGAGAAGUACUAGCCAAAUGUGAAUCAGAGCCUAAAGCAUUGCUAAAUUCCAAUUAUCUACCCAUCGGUUCAGUGCAGCUAGGGCAGAAUCAGAAAAUUGAGCUGCCUGAACUUAAAAAAACUGUAGAUGUUGAAAUAACAGCAUUGCAGGAAUCUUUUCAAAAACAGAAAAGGCAGCCUUUGCCUGGCAAUUAUGAAGGGGCGCUCAAAUAUCAGCCAGAAUCAAUUGGUAUUUCUCCCGCUCUGCAAAUCAUGGACCCACAGCAACUUCAGGUGGAGAAACAUCAAGAUUUUCCUAGUUUCAAAGGCCAUUUAGAACUUUCUGGCCAAGAAAAGUGGUCCAAGUCUUGUCCAGUUGCAGGUUCUUCAAAUGCACACACGGAAUCACAGGAGCUGAAUCUGGAGCAGCAAUCAGAGCAUCACAGGACAGCUGUAGAGGAUCUUCAUACUUCCGUCAAUAUGGAGCAUGUUGAGCUGGAGCAGCAAUCAGAUGUCCCUGGGCUGAAAAUGUCAUUGGAGAAAAACUUGUCUAUUUUGGAGGAUGACUUAACUAUAGAUACAAACCAGGUUGAGCCUAAGAGGCCUCCAGGGUUUAAGCUUGCAGUGGAGCAAUUGUCUCAUGAACAGCUGCAGUGUGUUGUUCCUUGUGGUGAUGCAAAGAAACUUGAUUCUGUGGUAGGAACACUCGUUAAAGACCAGAAACUUGAACUGUCGAUCGAAGAAAGACCUAUAGAGGUUCAAAUGACCACUGCAGAGGAACAAAUCCAGACAAAACAGCAUACGCAAGGGAAAGAAUUACAUCCUCAGGACCAAAGGGCAUCCAAAUCUGAAUCAGUUAAUGCUGGAGUUACUUAUGAUCGGCAAAUUCGUAACACUGAAAUGCUUCAAGAUCUAAAACAAAUUUUUGUGGUAGAUGAAUCAUCCCGAUUGAUGAAUCAGAACAAGAAGGGUGAUUGUAGCAAGCUAAGGAAAAUAGAAGUGGAGCUGCCCCGUAGGCAACAACGGCCUCGUGGCUCAAAGGCAUCUGAAUCUAAUCAAGCACAUUCAACAAAUGCAAAUGAUCAUGAUCUGACCCUUUCUUCCAUAAAGUUAGACAGGCAACAGAAACUAGAUCACCCCAUCAACAGAAGACCUCAAAAGCAAAAACCAACAGAAGUGGAGAAAUUAUCUCAAUCAGUGGAGCAAGAAGUGAAACAUUGUGGCAACCAAAAGUAUCUCAUAUCCCUGCUAGCACCAAUAACAUCUGGUGAUGUCCAAAUGAUAGAAAAUCCAAGACAGGACGAACCAACAACAGCAGGGGAUUUUAUUCAAACUCAGCAGCAGCUGCAACAGCAACAGCAACCACAGAAUUGGCAACUACAGCCUCAAGUGCAAUGCUCUUCCCAAGUUGAACAGGCAAUGGAUAAAACCAUGGAAGAAUCGCUGCCCUUACAGAAUCAAAAUGAACAGAAUAGUCUACUGACAUAUCAACAUCAAGGAAGACCUAUUAAGCUAAAGCCUGAUGUGGAUGCUGCUGGGGAAAUUUUACCUGUAGAUGGUGAAGACAGUCACGAGGAGCUGCUGUCUCAGAUUGAAGGCCAAAGGCCUAAAGCCAAUCCUAGUACAGAGCUCACAGUAAGAAAACUAUCCUCAGACCAUCAGACCCACAAUGAGCAACAACCCACGAAACGUGGCCCAGGAAGGCCACCUAGAUUAACUUCAGCUGCACUUCAAACUUUCACUGUAACAUGGCCUCCACAGUAUCAGCAUAAGCAGAAAAGGCAGAAGCUUAAUCAUCAGCAGAAGCAAAAAUGGCCAAAUGGUACAGGCCAAGGGAGGGUUACAAGAUCCAGAGCAGCAUCAAAUGCAGAAACUAUUUCACAAUUACCUCCACACGAUGAAACAGCAGCAGCGUACACCACAUGUCAAGAAGAGAAGCCUCAGAAGCACAAUAGUGAUGGUAACAACCAAAGGGAAGGCUUUCAAAACCUUAAUGAGGGAUUUUAG